CAUGGAGUGACAGAACACAGCGGAAAAACUGUCAAAAUUUCGACCAGGUGGGACGGAAAUAUCGGAAAAUGACGUUGGUAUGAUAUUCAGAUCGAAAUAGAUACAAAUGAGAAAACAAUAAUCCCCCUUUUUAAUCAUCAACAAUCCAUCCCAACUCUCAAAACUCCUCACAAAGAUGGCUACCGCCGCAGACGAAAAGCCAAAAUCAGAAGGCUUCCAAGGAGGUCAAGAUAUUUCACAACAAUUUACCGGAGGUGGUCAUGUAGCAACGUUCAGUGAACAACCUGCUUUUCCUGAUUUUCACAGAAAAUUUGCAGAUCCUUCAGCUUUUGCUUGGCUUGCUUUGGGUGUUACAUUUUCACUUUAUGGUGUGAACUUGCUUGGUGCAAGAGGUCUUGAUAUUCCAGAAUCUUCCGUUGCUGGAGCUUUGUGCUUAGGAAGCAUCACACUUACGAUUGCCGUUAUAUUAGAAUUUAUCUCGGGACGAACAUUCCCCGCAACUCUGUUCGGUGUUUACGCGGGAUUCUUUAUGGGUUACUCAAUCAUGGCUGUCGGAUGGUUCGGUCUGACUGGCACAUAUGACGGUCAAAUGCCCAAUCCAUACAGCGCAAUGUUGAGCGAUCAACUUGCUUCUGCUCAAGGUCUUUGGAUUAGUACGUUUGUGAUUAUCAAUUUUUUGUUAUUGAUCGUUGCAACACGUCAAUCGGCCUUUCUGUUGGCAUUCUUGACUAGUGUUGAAGUUUUUUUCAUUUUACUCAUGGUUGAUUAUUUCAGAGACCCUUUAGAUCGUUCUUCACCUCUUUCUCAAGCAACAGGCGCUUUCGGUAUUAUUACCGGUAUCAUUGCUUGGUAUUUGGGUCUUACAAGCAUGUUAACAAAAGAUAGCUCUUAUUUCACUUUACCAACCGUCCCUCUCGUCAAGGAAGACUAG